AAAAGGAAAAAAAGGAAAUUCCGGGGCGUAUUUCCUUUUUGGGAAAGGACUUGGCUGUUGAGCCCAUUCCAGCCCUUUCCGAAGCGCGAGGUGCUGUUCCUCCUGUUCCAGGAUUCGGUAUCCGCGCACACAUGGACAGCGGAGGAGAACAUCAUCGGCAGCGCAACGGAGGAGACGAAGUCGUUGACGACGUGCUGUUCAUGACCAUCAUGGCGAUUAUCCAGUGGAUGAACAGGCGGAAUGCAGUAGUCAUGGUUGUGCUGCAGGCUGCAGCCUCCAUGCCUGUAUUCAAUGCCGACUCGCAGCAGUGCUUCGUACUCCUUGCAGGAUGUGCGUGCCAUACCAUGGCUGUUGAGUGGCUGGCGAUGAGGAAUAUGGAGAGGGUGAUGGAUGACGAAACGAGGAUUUGGGUGUUGCAGCGGAGCGGGAGGGUUUGGAAGGACCUGCAGAGUGUGGGCCAUCGUCAUGACAAGGUCUUUGUGAGAUUCUGCAGGCUGCCACGUCCACUCUUCCAUGACGCGCUUCAGCGCAUUGGUCCACACAUACAGCGCCAGACCACGAAUUGGAGACAACCUCUGCCGGCGGAGCAAAAAUUUGCAUGUGCCCUCAUUAGGUGGGCGGCUGGCGGUUACUACAGGCAGUCAGGUCACGGGCUGGGCAUAGGUCUUAUGAGUGCGCUGCGAAGCAGCAAGGACGUGGUUAAGGCUAUCGUGAGGGAAUACGCUCAUGUCAUCUCCUUUCCACAGGGACGACGUUUAGAGGACUGCCUCGAUCACUUCGAAUGCAAAGGCUUUCCUAGGUGCGUGGGCGCUAUCGACUGUACCCAUUUUUACAUCGAAAAGCACAGGAAUGAACGUCUGGAGUGCUACUACGAUCGGACUAGACAAUUCUCCAUUAUAGCACAAGUCGUUUGCGACCAUGAGUGCCGAAUUUCUUACGUUUAUGUCGGGAGCCCGGGAUCUGUUCACAACUCUCGCGUGUUGAGAAUGUCCCGUCUUUGCGUUCAAGGAGACAGCGGCGAAGGUGUGUUCUCCGGGGAACCUACGUUGUUGCGGGAUGGAACAUCUAUUGCACCCUACUUGUUGAAAGAUGCGGGCUUUCCUUUGCUCGACCGGCUGAUGACUCCCCAUAGCACGCGUAGGGAUCGCACCCCUGCGCAGGUGACAUUCGAUGAUGUCCACUCAAUGGCGAGGAAUGUCAUUGAGCGUACCUUCGACAUUCUGAAGGGCAUCUGGAGGAAUUUUUUGCGGCGGCAAAUCGACAAUUUGAAGACCAUUUGCUGUGAGUUCAUGGUCGUCUGCAUCUUGCACAAUUUGCUCACCGACUACAAAGUCGAUCUGGAGAACAUGAUGGAAUCAGACGACGACCUGGAAGAUGACGACAGCAAUGACCAUAAUCGUCGCCGUAGGCGACGUCCGGUCGUUCCAUCCAAUGCGAGGGAUGAGGAGGAUGACGCCGACGUUCGCGUCAACUUUCGGGGUCUGACGCCAUCGCAGUGGAUCAGGGUCAGAUUGGUUAGACACGUUGGCCAUCAUGUCCGCGUACAUGGUCCGCCUGAUCCAGGUCUGUGGCAAGCAUGAGCGCUACACACACACACACACACACACACGCGCACACACACACACACACAGAGAGAGAGAGAGAGAGAGAGAGAGAGAGAGAGAGAGAGAGAGAGAGAGAGAGAGAGAGAGAGAGAGAGGGACAGAGAGAGACAUUCCCGAAAAACGAUAAAGGAACCUGCCAAUU